UAAGAAGAAGAAGAGGCGUUUUCCCCCCCUAGGGUUACACUCUUUCCGGAUCGACCUCUCCACCGCCGUCGAGCUCGCAGCACGUUACCGGAGAUAUGGCGUCGGAGUCUGAUCCUAGCCUGGGUUUCCUGACGAAACGCGAUACGGAGGUGAAACUACCGCGGUCUACUCGGGUGAAGAACAAGACACCAGCGUCCAUACAGAUCACCGCCGAGCAGAUCCUGCGCGAGGCUCGCGAGCGGCAGGAGCCUGAGAUCAGGCCGCCAAAGCAGAAAAUUACUGACUCCCACGAGCUAGCGGACUACCGGCUUCGAAAGCGUAAGGAGUUCGAGGAUCUCAUACGGCGCGCUCGCUGGAAUACUGGCGCCUGGGUAAAGUAUGCCGCCUGGGAGGAAUCUCAGGGGGACUUCGCUCGCGCUCGAUCCGUCUGGGAGCGCGUCCUCGACGUCGACUAUCGCAACCCUACCCUGUGGCUCAAAUAUGCAGAGCUUGAGAUGCGGCAUCGCUUUAUUAAUCACGCUCGUAACGUAUGGGACCGCGCCGUCGGCCUCCUUCCCCGCGUCGACCAACUUUGGUACAAGUACAUACACAUGGAAGAGAUGCUCGGCAAUGUCGCAGGGGCUCGCCAGAUUUUUGAACGUUGGAUGGACUGGCAGCCCGACACUAAGGGCUGGCUUUCCUACAUCAAGUUUGAACUUCGCUACAAUGAGGUCGAUCGUGCACGUUCAAUCUACGAACGGUUUGUUGUUUGCCACCCUCGUCCUUCCUCUUUCAUUAAGUAUGCCAAGUUCGAGGCCAAGCGCGGUGAAAUUGCUCGCACCCGUGCGGUGUAUGAGCGCGCCAUCGAACUUCUCUCUGAGGAUGAGGACGCGGAGCUGCUUUUUGUUGCCUUUGCAGAGUUCGAGGAAUGGUGCAAGGAGACUGAACGAGCUCGCUGCAUAUACAAGUUCGCCUUAGACCACGUCCCCAAAGGGAGGGCCGAAGAUCUGUAUAAGAGAUAUUUGGCAUUUGAGAAGCAAUAUGGGGACAAAGCUGGUAUUGAAGAUGCGAUUAUCAGCAAAAGAAGAUUUCAGUAUGAGGAGGAAGUGAGGAAGAACCCUUUAAACUAUGACUCCUGGUUUGAUUACAUAAGGCUGGAGGAGAAUGGUGGAAACAAGGAUAUGGUGAGGGAGGUGUAUGAAAGAGCAAUAGCCAAUGUGCCUCCAGCAGAGGAGAAGCGGUAUUGGCAAAGAUAUAUCUACUUGUGGAUAAAUUACGCAUUAUAUGAAGAACUGGAUGCGCAAGACAUGGAUAGAACGAGGGAGGUUUACAGGGAAUGUUUAAAGUUAAUUCCUCACAAGAAAUUUUCUUUUGCAAAGAUUUGGCUUAUGGCAGCCCAGUUUGAGAUAAGACAAAGGAACAUAAAGUCUGCACGACAAAUCUUGGGAAAUGCCAUUGGAAUGGCCCCAAAGGAUAAGAUAUUUAAGAAGUACAUCGAAAUUGAACUCCAACUAGGCAAUGUAAGUCGCUGCAGAAUUCUGUAUGAAAAGUAUCUGGAAUGGGCCCCUGCAAACUGCUACGCAUGGUGUAAGUAUGCUGAGUUUGAGAGGACAUUGAAUGAAACAGAGCGUGCUCGAGCAUUGUUUGAGCUUGCAAUUGCUCAACCUGCAUUGGACAUGCCAGAGUUGCUCUGGAAGGCAUAUAUUGACUUCGAGAUAGCAGAAGGAGAAUUUGAGAGAACAAGACAACUUUACGAUAGACUACUUGAUCGGACCAAGCAUUUGAAGGUCUGGAUUAGUUAUGCUAAGUUUGAGGCUUCUGCUGGCAUAGAAGAUGAAGAUAUGGACAAGGAGAAGAAUGAUUAUAAUGAAGAGCAACACAGGGAGAGGAUCAAACGAUGCAGAGUGGUUUUCGAGAGGGCAUUUGACUACUUCAGAACGGGUGCGCCAGAGUUGAAGGAGGAAAGAGCAAUGCUUUUGGAGGAGUGGUUGAACUUGGAGAGCAGUUUUGGUAAUCUCGGGGACAUUAGCGUAGUACAGAGUAAACUGCCAAGGAAGGUGAAAAGGAAGAGACCUAUUUCAUCAGAAGAUGGAACUCCUGCUGCGUUUGAGGAGUACAUUGAUUACAUCUUCCCCGACGACGUAGCUUUAGCGCCUAACAUGAAGCUACUAGAAGCUGCUUACAAAUGGAAAAAGCAGAAAAUUGACGCGGAUGAAGAUUGAAUGAGAACUUAAAUUGAGAAGUAUCAUCCUAUAGGAAGGACCUCCUCCUUAAUGAAGUCUAUUCUUCUAUAUGUUUAAUUUCAGUUUUAGAAUAUUUUGGCUUUAGCUAUGUACAUGUAUAACUUCCAAGGUAAAUGUAGCUGCCUUGUGGAUUGAAUAGCUGUUAUGUUUGUGCUAGGGAACAUGGAACAUAAUGGUGCCUGUUGUAUUUCAUUUUGUUUCAUGCUAUUUUCAUGUCACUUUACUGUCA